GUUUCAAACGUUGUGGUAGUCGUAGCGGCUGACGUUCAAUUUCACACAAAAACCGAUUCGCGUUCGUUCGCUCGUAGUACGUUCGUCGUCGUCGUUGUAGUCGUAUUAUCGUCGUUUGCCCAGAAAGCUAUUAAAAGAUCCAUAGCGGCAACCAGUUGACCAGUCGGGAAUAACGCGUGCUUCUCCUUCCAAAAAACACAUCAAGCGUCUGUUGGUCGGCUCCUUGUUGUUCGAUCGCUUUUUUUUCGGGUCGAGUCUUCUCGAAUUCUGAUUUUGACGGGUAUCCACAGUCCCUUGAAAAUAACAUUGGGAAAAAAGUGUACCAAAAAUUAAAGGAAUUUAAAGAGAAAAAUUUGAUGCGAACUAUGCAAACAGCGGAAGCACAAUAAAGCUGCGGCGGCAAGUGUGCUUUUCGUGCCGUUAAAUUGAAAGCAGAUUAUGGAUGCUGCAGCUCUUCACACGCACACAAAAGAGUUGUGAUUGCAUCUGUGUGUUGUUGUUGUGUGUAUGUGCCAGUGUGACCAGUGCGAAAGUGUACAAAUCCAAAUAUCCAAAUAUUUAAUUAGCUCACUCGGUUGGUGAGUGGGACUCAACAUAGUGAGGAGAGGAAGGAUACAGGAUACAGGGAUAAGGGAUACGGUUCCUUGGCCAGCGGAUUACGACAAGGAUUAAAUAACAAAUGGCGCACAUCAGUGGCAAAAACCAAAUGCAAAUCAAAUCGAAUUGAAUUGACGCAAAACCACAAUACGCAUUGAGAUAGAAAGCGAUAGCACAAGUAACGGAGAAAGAGAGAGAAAACGCGAUGCAAUACGAUGAGAACAAUACACGCAUCAAGACGAAAAAGUUUAGCGAGUAACUCGGAAAAGCUGUCUGGCGCAAUGAAAAACUUAUGAAAAACGCUAAAUUAACAACGGCAAAGCGAAAAGUUUGAACUCACACACAAUCAACACACACACACAUCCAUAACAAUUCACAUCCAGGACCCGGCAAGGGCUCGUCCUGCCUGCCAGCCAGCGUGCCUGUCAAUAAAUAAGGCAGCCAAAUAAGAGUUGAAAUUCAUCGAUUCGAAACUGAGGCAACCCCUCUGACACCUCCAUCAAGAAGACGAAACGCGCAAUUGCCACAAUGUGCACGAGUUACAAGAGCAACAAUAACAAGAAGGAUGGGAAGGAGCUCGACUUCCAUCCACUUAUGUGGCUCUCCCUGGCUGGAUUUGUCCUGGCGUUAGGUGUUCCUGGCUGCCUGGGGGAGCAGCACCCGGCGACUGCUGAUGAAGGUCCUUUAUCGGAGGUACUGACGGCCGUUGGCUCGGAGGUCGCACUGCCCUGUGAUCUAAUGCCCGGAACAAUGAUUGCCGAUAAGGUUCAACUGGUUAUUUGGUAUCGCCAGGGCAACGUGAAGCCUAUAUAUACCUUUGAUGCCAGAGGUCGACCACUACACCAGGCAAUACCGUGGGCUGAUGAAAAUGUCUUCAACAAGAAGGCCCACUUCUACUAUGACACAAAUCCGCCGGCUUUGCGCAUCAAGAACAUUCAGACCUCGGAUGCUGGGCUCUACAAAUGUCGCGUUGAUUUCCAUAAAUCACCAACGCGCAAUUGGCGCAUUAAUGUGACAGUUUUGGUGCCUCCCACGCAGUUGACUAUAUUGGACAACAAUGGGGCGGCAGUGAGAGAUCAGACUGCUGGGCCAUAUCUGGAAGGGGAUAGCAUCAACCUGACAUGUCUGUCGAGUGGAGGAGUUCCCCCGCCUCGGGUGUCCUGGUGGCGAGAGCACGCCCUGGUGGAUGACUCCUAUCAGGUGUUGCCCGAUGGCUCAGUGCGCAAUGCUCUGCAGCUGAAGAACAUUCAGCGCAAGGAUCUGCUAACGAUGUACACCUGCCAGGCCACCAAUGGACACGUGGUUCCGGCGCUAACUAAAAAAGUUAUCCUGGACAUGAACCUACCACCAUUGAGUCUGCUGCUUCAAGGACUGAAUCAUGCUGUGGUCGCUGGAACCCGUACUCAUGUCACAUGCACGGCAAUCGGAGCUCGGCCUCCGCCACAUAUUAUCUGGUCAAAGGCAGGACAGGUAUUGAAGGGCGCCACGCAAUCGAAUGCCUCCGAUGGCAAUACAACCAUAUCGGAGCUAACGCUCAUUCCCGUUCCGGAGGACAAUGAGCGUCAGGUUGUCUGCUCCAUUGCCCUCAAUUCGGGCAUUACGUCGCAGCAAUUGCACGAGGGCGACACGACAGUGAUGACAACGAUGGGCAAUGGCAACACAGGACUAUACCUGAAGGAUUCCCGUGUGCUGAAUGUGACGCAUGCACCCAUUGUUAAUCUUAAUUUAGGAGCUCCUCUGGACUCCAAUAAUCUGCUCAAGGGAUCCGAUGUGUAUCUCGAUUGUGCUGUGCGCGCCAAUCCGGCGAUUACUCGUGUUGAAUGGUAUCACAAUGACAAGCAAUUGCACUCGUCUCGAGGCAUUAUCAUCUCUAACCAAACGCUGGUACUUCAAGGUAUCUCGAAGUCAUCGCAUGGCCAGUACUUCUGCCGUGCCACCAACCUACAAGGCAGCGUGUCCAGCAAUGAGGUCUUCCUCGAUGUCAAAUAUCCGCCCGUGUGCAAGUCGGACUCGACGAUUAUACGCGCCGCCCUCAAGCAGACAAUCAACAUUACCUGCGAGGUGGACGCCAAUCCACUCGAUAAUCUAAAUUACAAGUGGCACUUCAACAACUCACUGGAGAGUCUCAUCGAGUUGCCGGUGCUGGCGCAUCUAGUGCCAGCCACGUUGCCCCUACAACAGCUGCCGGGGGCUUCCGGGCCCGGCGGAUAUUAUCAGCGCAGCAAGCGGAAGCACACACAUGGCAGCCAGCAUUUACUGCAUGGUCGCCAUGGCCGAGUCGUCAGCGUUGUGGAUGUGGCAGAAACGGUGCGCUUUGAGGAUGACUAUGACCAGGAGCACGACUCAAACGAUGAGUUUGACAGCUAUCAGGAUUAUAUGGAGCCGCAAAUGGUGUACUCCAACAUGGUGCACAAGAAUCACGUGGAGAACAAGCAGCCCCAGCGCAAACAGCAAUCGCAGCAUCCGCAGCACGGCGAAUUGAGUGUCCAUCACAACGCAGCCUCCAGCAGCGGACAGUUGGCUGAGCGCAAGCGACUGGCAGCGUUGCACAAGCAACAGCAUCAUCGUCAGCUCAUGCCCACGCCCUCGACAACAUCGACGCCCCCGUUGAACAAUGUCUACAGCUACCACGUGGAGAGUUACGAGAGUUUCGGGGCCAUCUCCUGUGUGGCCAACAGUCCCAUGGGUCACAGUCAGCCCUGUUGGUACCACAUUCAGCCUGCAGACCUACCAGAACCCGUGAAAAACUGCUCGGCCUACAAUGCAACAGCCAACUCACUGCAGAUUCAAUGCAUCCCCGGCUAUGAUGGGGGUAUUCCACAGCAUUUCCAUGCUCAGGUUUACGAUGAACUCGCUCGCCAGAUACUCUACAAUGCGUCGUAUAAGUAUGCGGAGUUUACGGUGAAGCGACUGCCCAGUGACUCGGUGUUCAACAUACGCGUGACAGCGGUCAAUGCCCAGGGAUCCAGCAAGAUGGCCUAUCGAGUGCGUGGUCGAACUCUCUCCGCUCCGCUGCUUCGCACAGCUUCGUCGACGGCAGUGCUGGUCCAAUUGACACCGUUGCUGGGCGCACUAGUUGGCGUGAUUGCGACACUCUUUUUGGUAGCCAUCUGUGUGGUGAUCUUCAUUAAAUUCCGCAGCAAGCGAAGCCGUCGCCACGUGAAUGGCGAUGCCACCACAACGGAGGCGGACAAGGGCAGCGCUGAGCCGCUUUCACGCAAUAUGGGCAGCCAUUCCAGCUUGGAGGACAAAAACCCGGAUGUUGUGCCGCAGGAGGCCAACAGUGAGGAUGAAUUUCAUCUGGAGGAGAAGGCUUUCGACCGACUGAAUAUGGAAUCACAACGCAUCCUCUACACGCCGCCCACACGCAUUAACACCACCUCCCCGCCGCCGCCUUCGCUAUCGCCAACAUUCGGCAAACAGUAUGGAGAGCUGUCGCUGACGACAAACCCGGCGUUUAGUUUGUACAACACCCCACAGAGGGCGCCAGCUGCUCAGCGACCGGUUUACACCGCGCCCCCGCCGCUGCUGUCCACACGGACGCCCCCAAAUAUCUACACUAGGAUACCGGGACGAGGUAGCAGUGGCCCCAAUGGCGGAGCCACCACUUACCUUCCCGCCUACGAGACACGCACCUCGCCCACCUCCCCCUAUGGCUCGACAACCACCUGUACUAUGCCGCUGCUAAACGGGCAAUCGAAUGGCUCCUUGCAGACGAACAGCAGCAGCAUUGGCGGCGGUGGCGGUGUCACCUGCAACACUUUGCCCCAUCCGGGUAGCCUGCACUUGGGCGGCAUUUCGGCCGCGAUGACCAGCUCGGCGACUAGCGGCAAUAUAACCAUUGGAGCUGCCCAAUCAUUGCUCACUUCACCGCGGGCUCAGACAGCCUACAGCACACUGGGCAGUGUGGGUGGAACGCAAUCGCCGCUGCUCAGCGUGGGCAGCUCGUUGAUGGGUGUCGUCGGCGGUGCAGGUAACUAUGAGACGGUGAGCUCCUGAGAGUUAGCCAAAGAUGACAUCAAAUGUCAGAUCGUUUGUAUGGGGGGCAGUAGCACGUGCACGACAUCCGGCGCUGAGCGCACCACCAUCGUCUAGAGAAUCCCCCAAGGCAACUCCCAAACCCCAAACCGAAACCGAAAUCGAAUUCGAAACCCAAACCGAACUGUAAUCCCAUAUUGUAUUAUAGUAGUUAAGCUGCCGGCGUGGUGUUUAUAUAUAGUGUAUAACCAUGCUUUCGUCUAGCUUUCCGGAAUAACACUUCCAACCAACAAUAUUUGCAUGAAGCGAAACGAACAAAACAAAUUAUAAGACUUCCACAAGAUGCAAGUACAUAGAUGUUGAAUCGACUUAAAGUAAAUGUAACUCGACUAACUGUAACUGUCAACCACAAACGAUACAUAAAAAAGCAUUUAUCAAUAAUUUACUUGUACCAAUAAAUCGGAGAGAAGUCUAGUGUGUGUGCAUGGUCUGAGUCUGAGCAUGAUAAUGCAGAUUGGGGCCGUGACAAUGCUAGUAGUUAUAGCUUACAUGUCUGUACCAAGAAUCAGUAAUGUACUGAACCACUUACACAUAUUAUAUAUAUAUACUUAGUUAAUUGUACUUGAGAUACUAUGUGCGCAAAUUACUUCAGAGAAAUUAAAUGAGCUAUGCUUCUGAAAAUUCAUCACGAAACUAGUUUAAACGAAUACUUAAAACAAAUCAUCAAAUACACACUUUGAGAAUUUAGAUGUAGCCAGAGUUGUACAUAUGAUAGUAUAUAGAAUAGGGCAAUAAGAUAAUGAUUAGUUGUAGUCAUUUGACUUAUGUAGUCUAAACUAAAAUUAGUUAGUCACAUUGAAUCUACGAAAAGACUAUUCCCCUUUUGAAAUGAAUGAACAAAUCCUGAGUAUA